UUAUACUGUGUACUGUGCACUUGUACUCUCGCGUGAUGAGACUUGUGACAUGGGGGUUGGCUGUCAGAGAAGAUGCGAGGAGCUGGAUAUUAACAGCGUUGCGAUAUCCCCAGGUUUGGCCCAAGUCAUCCCUGUCUCUCAAAGGUUUAACUCCAUGAAACAGGCUGAAAAGGGUGAAGCUGAUCAUGGACGGGAAAAGAAGAAGGAGCAACCCAAGGUGAAGAAGCCAUAGUGCAGUUGUCAAAUUUCUACACUUUCACUGGAUUACCCAAAAUGUUUGGGAAGAAAAAGAAAAAGCCGGAAAUCUCAGGCCCUUCCAACUUUGAGCACAGGGUUCACACGGGAUUUGACCACAAGGAGCAGAAGUUCAUAGGCCUCCCUCAGCAGUGGCAGAGUUUGCUGGCAGACACCGCCAACCGUCCGAAGCCUGUGGUAGAUCCGUCAUGUAUAACCCCAAUACAGCUUGCUCCCAUGAAGACCAUUGUUCGAGGCAGUAAACCAGCACAAGAUGCUUACAUCAAUGGCCUGCUGGAAGACUUUGAUAAUAUCUCAGUGACACGAUCCAAUUCCCUCCGCAAAGAAAGCCCACCAACUCCCCGUCUGGGGCAUUCGAACCACUUGAAAGGGUUCCCAGAAGAAAAUGGCUUCUUUGCUUUCUCCCAGUAUAGCUGUGAACCUGAGGUGCAAAGGAGUAAUAUCUCGGAACGAUACAAGGAAAGGAGCCUUAGUGCGGAGCAGGCCGAGGUUUUUUAUAAAGCAAACAAACCUGCCAGGCACAAUGGUCAUCCAGUUAAAAUGAGAUCUUAUGAGACAUAUUUCCCUGAAGUAAAAUCUGUUAGGGCAGAAUUGUCAAGUUACCCAUCAGAAUAUCACCCCCAACUGGAAACAAAGAGUAAAUCUGUUGAUCAGUAUGAUUACCACAGCAUGGCCGGUAAAUCACUUCAGGACUACAGGGAUUACUUCCCACCAUCUAUUACAGGGACAAUAAUGCUAAGUGAGGGCUCCAGAGAAAGACUUGAGUACAGCGAAUGGGGUGAAGGGCUACCCAAGGAUGAUUACGACAAGAGGCCAAAGUCGUCAUACGUCACCCAAACAAGUCCUCAACCAGCCAUGAGACAAAGGUCAAGGUCAGGGUCUGGCCUUCAAGAACCAAUCAUCCCAUAUGGUACUGGGGUUAUGAAAACCAACCAGCAAGGCCAUCCGUUCAGUUCUUAUACCUACCCACGUUUGUCAGAAACUGGAGGGUGCAUUCCAAAGGCAGAUUACGAUCGAGCACAGCCAGCCAUGAGUCCUCUGCUGAGCGGAUCUGACACCUACCCUCGAGGUCCUACAAAGCUACCUCAGUCUCAAAAUAAAUCCAUGUACUCCUCAACUAAUUAUCAGUAUCCAUCAGCGUACCAUAAGCCAUCCCCAUAUCACCAACCCCCUCUUCACGGGAGCCCCCUUUUUAUGUCUACAAGCUCUUACCCCAGUUCUCCAAGUACCACAUCAAGUGUAUAUCCGCCCCCCAGCUGGGGAUCAUCUUCUGAUCAGCAACCUUCUAGGGUGUCCCAUGAACAGUUCCGGGCUGCUCUGCAACUUGUUGUCAGCCCUGGGGACCCCAGGGAGUAUCUGGAUGACUUCAUUAAAAUUGGAGAGGGCUCCACGGGAAUAGUUUGCAUUGCCAUGGAAAAAAACACAGGAAAACAAGUAGCCGUGAAAAAAAUGGAUCUCCGGAAACAACAGAGAAGAGAACUUCUGUUUAAUGAGGUUGUGAUUAUGAGAGAUUACCAUCACGAAAAUGUUGUCGAUAUGUACAACAGUUAUCUCGUUGUGGAUGAGCUGUGGGUUGUCAUGGAGUUCCUUGAAGGAGGUGCUUUGACAGAUAUAGUUACUCACACCAGAAUGAAUGAGGAGCAGAUAGCGACGGUGUGUUUGUCUGUGCUCAAAGCCUUGUCCUACCUGCACAAUCAGGGCGUCAUUCACAGGGAUAUCAAAAGUGACUCCAUACUGCUCACCAGUGAUGGCAGGAUAAAACUGUCUGAUUUUGGAUUCUGUGCGCAAGUCUCCAAGGAGGUCCCCAAAAGAAAGUCCUUGGUUGGAACCCCUUAUUGGAUGGCACCAGAGGUUAUAUCAAGACUUCCCUAUGGAACAGAGGUAGACAUAUGGUCCCUUGGUAUAAUGGUGAUAGAAAUGAUUGAUGGGGAGCCUCCGUAUUUCAAUGAGCCGCCAUUGCAGGCAAUGCGCCGGAUAAGAGAUAACUUACCACCCAGAGUAAAAGAAGUGCACCAGGUGUCCUCUGUGCUUCGUGGAUUCUUAGACUUGAUGCUGGUCAGGGAGCCGUCCCAGAGAGCCACGGCACAGGAACUAUUAAGGCAUCCAUUCUUGAAACUCUCAGGGCCGCCGUCAUGUAUCAUCCCGCUAAUGAGGCAAUACAGACACCACUGAGAUUCCAUUUCUCACACCAAUUUCUUCAAGGAAUUUGGGACAAAUAGAAGAUAAUGGGUGGGAAAAAAAACAUGACGCCAAUCAGACGUAGCUUCUUAUUCUCAAACUGCCUAUUAGUCUGUCCAAUAAGACUACAGCCUGCGGUUUCAUGUAUUAACCACCUCACUUUCACACCACUUUUCUUUCACUGAAAAUGCAGACUUUUUCCUAGGGUUCCUUUUAAGUAAGUCUAAAUAAUAGGCCAGAACAAAAGGGAUUAAGUGGCAUUUCUUUAAACUCUUUAAAUCCUUCUUUGGGGGUCAAAAUGCACUUUUUUUCAGAAGUAGGAGUGUAACGUAUUUUAAAACGACUUUGUAAUUUUCUGUAUAAUACUUUUGAUAAUUUGCAGUUUUUUGAUGUUAUGUAAAACAUUGUGCCAGUUCCAAGCCAGGUGUGAUUUACCAAACUGUUUAAACCCCAUAGAAAUGAUUAAUACUUUUAUAUCCCUUUGGGACGCGCCCAUGCCUGUGAUCCACCAUCUCUUUUGCUUGUACCUUUAAGAAAAAGAGAGAGUGGUUUGCCGUCUUUUUCUAUUCUUUAUAGCACCCAUUCACUUCUUGACUUUCCGUUCAUUUUCUUGAAUAUAUUGAUAUCUGGAAAUGUUUUUAUUGGUUUUAUUGCUUUGCCGAUCAGUAUUGGUGCCGUUGGAUUAUCCAAUGAAGCUGCUAAAAAUAACAGUGUUACUUUAUAAUUGAAUAUGUUUAAAGUUUACAACAUUAAUGAUCUCGUAUGGGUAAAUACAUGAUCUUUUUUGGCUUUUAUUUUUCUGCAGAUGAAAUUGGUCCAGAUUGUUUUGCAUUUGACUUAUUUAUUUGUUUGUUUGUUUGUUUAUUUAUUUAUUUAUUAGCCUGUGCUGCCUUUGGUUCAAUUGGUCUCAUUUAUUAAAGGCUAUUUAUUCAUGACAUCUGCAAAGUUAAUAGACUUUUCAGUCGUUUACUGCAAUACAAAAAAUGUUGUGUGGGCACAAAGUGGGGUGAGUUCUUGUGUUCAUAUAAAGGAACAUAUAGAAUGUAUACCUUAGUGUAAAAGACUUAGUACUUACAGGAGAAGGAAAGAUAUAAUCUCCAGUGACUACAAUGACUUACCUGUGCUUAACUUGCCAAUGCUCCUUUCUGCUUAAAACUGCACCGGCCUGGGGUAUUUCUGUAGGAGUCCAUUUACUUCUUCCUUUCAUCUGACCCAGGCUUUUCACUUUACUGCACCUGCCUGGACAGGAAUGGAGAGAACAUGGACGAAGUUGGUGAAGAUGAGCUUCUACCAAAAUACCCCAGGUCAGUGCAGUUUUAAUGAACAGGACAUUGGCCAAGGGUAUCAAGUAAGUGAUUAUAUUCACUAAUCCUAAUAUUUUGGUGCCCACCCUCUGGGAUUUUUCCUUUAUUUUUCUUUUGAAGCUCACCAAUAGAAAUGUGGGGUCCAGGUGCACAAGCCCUAGACCUACAAUUUGAACCCUACUCCGGGUAUAUAAGAGGCACUCACAGAUCCGGCAGACAGGCAUUAAUGAAAGAAAAAAGGGUCAGUUUACUGAGCGCUAGUGCCAUGUUUUUUACCCACAAUGCAGCAUUAUUCCCUACGAUUCCAGCAUAAUCAUGGGGAAUAACUGGUGCAGGACCUCAGAAUUGAUUCAGUUGGACACAGUUUUCCUGAUAUUUGGUCUUAUUUGUGGUGUGAAAAUAACAGAUGCACCCUAUUGCUUAUGUGCCACUGCGCUUUGAGCUGGAAUAGUCGCAGGAGGAAGACAAAGACGUCAAGUGCAGCUAUACGGACAUGCAAGGAGCACAGGUUAUGCUUAUCCGCCCCCAGCAAAACUUGUGGUUGUAAAGGAACCCUGAGAUGAUGUAUUACAGAGGCAUAUGAGCUACAGAAAGCCUUAUGAGGUCCUGUAUUACUAAAUCACAUGAGGUAUUGGUGCUAUGCAUGAAACGCAUAAGGCUUUUUCUGUACUUAAUGCUACUGGAUCUUUGAAUUCACCAAUGCCUGUCCUUGAAUGUAAGUGCUUGCCAUAUACCCUGAGUGUAAAGCACCCACUCACCUUCCCACUAUUUAUUCACCAUGGAUUACAUUUGUAUUUUUUCGUUUUAUUUAUUUUGUAUUGAUUGGUUUGUACAACCCUAUGGUAUUUAUUUUCAUGUUUUGUCCUUUGAGACUAUAAAUGUUUUUUAUGAUCCCAGUUGACUACAUCAGUCAAUUUAUUAAGCGGGUAUUUAGACACAAAUCCAUCAUUGUUUCAUUGUGCUGAUGUUGUAGGAAGUGGUUGAUUUGUGCUGCCGUCUCGAUCCCUUUUAUUUUCCUUUAUGUCAAAAAAAUGGAUGACUAGGGAUUUGAGUUGCCUGUUGAAUGAACUUGCAUGUCAACACUAGGCCUAAACAGUUUUGUGUUCCUCAACCACUUCAUUCAUGAUGAUUUCAAUGCAAAAUAAACUCUAUUUAUUAAUGA